CUCUAUCAUCUCCAUCUUCUUUCCGUCGCAUCUAUAUCUUCUAUUCGUAUUCAUCGGUAGCUCAACUGCACCCUUAAGAACCACCGCGCCACUCAAAGUCACCCCUUUGCGCAAGGACCUGUCGUAAACGGCACUCGGCACCACCUCUAUCGCCCUUCCGCGACUCGCACGACUACCUCAAUCACAUCGAUUCACCUCUCCUCUCCCUCGGAGACCCUGAAUUCAGACCACAAACCCUUUCAUUAUGUCUACAGCAGCCAAGAGACGAUUGAUUCGAGACUUCAAGCGUCUCACUUCCGAUGCUCCUGUCGGUAUCUCCGGCAGUCCCAAUCCAGACAACAUUAUGGUAUGGAACGCAGUCAUCUUUGGCCCUCCGGACACACCAUUCGAAGACGGAUCUUUCCGCCUCACCCUCACAUUCUCCGAUUCAUACCCCAACAAACCACCCACCGUCCGCUUCAUCUCCAAAAUGUUCCACCCCAACAUCUACGCCAACGGCGAGCUGUGUCUCGAUAUCCUGCAGAACAGAUGGAGUCCGACGUACGAUGUGGCGGCAAUUUUGACGAGUGUGCAGAGUCUGUUGAAUGACCCCAACCCUGCUAGUCCUGCCAACGUCGAUGCUGCUCAGCUCUUCAAAGAAAACAUCAAAGAGUACGAACGGCGCGUCAAGAAAACCGUCGAGCUCUCGUGGUUGGACAACACCGAUGACUUGGAGGAAGCGACAGGAGGGGACGAAGACGCCUCGUGAGAGCUCCCUAACCUCAGAGAUUAGAUCUGAGCUUGUGAUGACAGAAGGGGGCUGGAAGAGGUUGAAGGACGAGUUGUAUGAAUUGGAGGUUCUAGAGCGGGAGAGACAGAUACCCAUCAUUGCCCUUAGGCUGCGCAGCGUCUUGUAUCACAUCCGUAGCCUUUACAUGCUACUCAUUUGCUCAACAUACA